AUGAUUCUUGACAAAUAUGACAUUGAGGAAACUCAUUAUGAGGUUCUCAGUAUUAAGGAAGAUGCAGAUUAUGAGGAAAUUCGUUCUAGUUACCGAAGUGCUGUACUCAGCUUACAUCCCGUUAAGCUAUUGAAGACAUUCAAUACAUCCGGCAGUAACCACACAAGUACAGAGAGAUUUCUCAGAGUUCAAAAGGCAUGGGAAAUUCUAAGCGACUCAAGCUCUCGCUUAUUUUACGAUAAGCAGCUGCAAAGUUCAAGGCGAGAUGUAUUGGCUGCUGAAGUUGCAGAAGAUUUAAGCUUACAUGAUAUGGAAGCUGAAGACGCUGACUCACUUGCUUCUACAGAUUUCAUAGACAAGUUCCGGAGAACGAAGGUUGACGUUUCACUCUUGAAAAAGCUGAAGAACACACUGGUGAAGAUUCUAAUUCUACUUAAUGACGAUGCUGAUUUCAAGGAAUGGUUGGAUAUGGUGAGAUAUGCUGUCUUUGAAGUUUACAAUUUGUUUGACCAAAUCAACACUGAGGCGUUGCGCUGCAAAGUGGAAGUCCUAACUCCUACUACUACUAAGGUUACUGUGGCAGAAUCAAAAUAG